AUGAGUGAGGUCUUACCUAUAAAAUUUCAGGAACAUGCGCAGCUGCAAUCGCUUGGUGUCAAUUUGGCUAACAUCGGGUUCAAUACUCUAACCAUGGAGUCCGAUCGCUUUAUUUGUAUACGUGAACAAGUGAAUUCCACAAACCAAGUUGUCAUUGUUGAUUUAUACAACGAAAAUGAAGUAAUGCGACGACCUAUUACAGCCGAUUCUGUCAUUAUGCACCCAACUGUUAAAGUCAUGGCACUCAAGGCCCAAAGACAGCUUCAAGUUUUCAAUUUGGAAAUGAAAUCAAAACUCAAGUCAUAUAUCAUGCCCGAAGACAUAGUAUUCUGGAAAUGGAUUGAUAUUAAGACACUCGCUUUAGUAACUGAGAAUGCUGUUUACCAUUGGCCUAUUGAAGGAACUUCUGCUCCCGUUAAGAUGUUUGAUCGUCACACAAGUUUAUCAGGUUGUCAAAUCAUCAAUUAUCAUACAUCUUCCGAUGAAAAGUGGCUUGUCUUAAUUGGUAUCUCAGCUCAGCAAGGAAGAGUGAUAGGAGCAAUGCAACUCUAUUCGAAGGAAAGAGGUGUAAGCCAGCCAAUUGAAGGUCACGCAGCUGCCUUUGCUGAACUUAAGUUGGAUGAUGGUAUUGAGCCAACAAAGUUGUUCACAUUUGCUGUUCGUUCAGCUAGUGGCUCUGCCAAACUUCAAAUAAUAGAGGUUGACCAUAAAGAAGGAAAUUAUAUCUUUCAAAAAAAGGCUGUCGAUAUUUUCUUUCCUCCAGAGGCUGCAUCUGACUUUCCAGUAGCAAUGCAAAUAAGUCAUAAAUAUGGAAUUAUUUAUCUUGUCACAAAGAUGGGUUAUAUCCACCUAUAUGACCUUGAGACAGGUACUUGCAUUUACAUGAACCGUAUCAGCUCAGAAACUAUCUUUGUUACGGCGGAGCAUAAGGCUACGUAUGGUAUAAUUGGAGUCAACAAAAAGGGCCAGGUUCUUUCGGUCACUUUGGACGAAAACACCGCUGUUCCUUACAUAAUAAACAACCUCAACAACACUGAAUUAGCCAUCAAACUGGCAUCCCGCGGAGGAUUGCCUGGAGCUGAUAAUUUAUAUGAAAAGCGAUUCGAGCAACUCUUCAAUGCAGGCGCAUAUGGAGAAGCUGCCAAAGUGGCUGCAGCCUCUCCCAGAGGAAUACUGCGCACAAAGCAAACAAUUGAUCGCUUUCGACAAAUUCCUGCCACACCAAAUCAACUUUCUCCAAUAUUACAAUACUUUGGAAUCCUCCUAGAAAAAGAACGCCUAAACAAAUACGAGUCUUUGGAGCUUGUUAAGCCGAUAUUACUUCAAAACAAAAAACACUUGCUCGAAAAAUGGUUAAAGGAUGAUAAACUAGAAUGCAGUGAGGAAUUAGGUGAUUUUGUCAAACAGUAUGAUUCUGUCUUGGCUUUAUCAGUAUAUUUGCGUGCAGAAGUCCCUAGUAAGGUGGUCAUUUGCUUUGCUGAGAACCGUCAAUAUGAUAAGAUACUUUCUUAUUCAAAAAGUGUAAAUUACACACCCGACUAUGGAUCUUUGCUUUACAAUAUUGCUCGUGUGGAUCCCGACAAGGCUUCAGAUUUUGCUACAGCUUUAGUGAAUACCGACAACGGUCCUUUGGUAGAGCCCGAAAAAGUAGUGGAUGUAUUCAUGUCCCAAAAUAUGAUCCAGCAAGCGACAGCUUUCCUUUUGGAGUAUCUUAAAGACGAUAAGCCAGAAUAUGCUGCUUUAGAGACACGUGUUCUUGAAAUGAAUCUAAUCCACGCACCACAAGUUGCAGAUGCCAUCCUGUCUUCAAACUUGCUCCAUCACUAUGAUCGUGUAGUAGUUGGAAAUUUAUGUGAAAAGGCCGGCUUAUAUCAAAAGGCAUUAGAACACUUUACAGAUGUUCACGAUAUUAAGAGAAUUAUCCCGUACACUCAUUUGAUCAAUUCAGAAUGGCUUGUGUCUUAUUUUGGUACUCUCUCAGUUGAGAAUACGUUGGAAUGUCUCAAAGAGAUGAUGUCAAACAAUUUGCGACAGAAUCUUCAGAUAGUGGUUCAGGUUGCCAUUAAAUAUUCUGAUCAAUUGGAGCCUCAUAAAAUAAUUGAUCUUUUCGAAACUUUUAAAAGCAAUGAAGGAUUGUAUUAUUACUUGGGAUCCAUUGUGAAUGUCAGUCAAGACCCUCUAGUACAUUUCAAGUACAUCCAAGCUGCAUGCAUCACCGGCAACGUUCGUGAGGCCGAGCGUAUAUGUCGAGAGAGCAAUUACUAUGAUCCAGAAAAGGUCAAGAACUUUUUAAAGGAAGCCAGACUCAGUGAUCAAAUUCCUCUCAUUAUUGUCUGUGAUCGGCAUGGAUUUGUCCAUGAUCUUGUGUUAUAUCUUUACCACAAUAACCUCCAAAAUUUCAUUGAGGUGUAUGUCCAAAAGGUCAACCCUUCUCGUACUCCUGAAGUAAUUGGCGCACUAUUGGAUGUCGGGUGUGAUGAAGAUACCAUAAAAAACCUUUUACUUUCUGUUAAAGGUGAUGUUCCGGUUGGAAAGUUGUGUGAGGAAGUCGAACAAAGGAAUCGACUCAAGUUGCUGCUUCCUUGGUUGAAUAUGAAAGCCACAGAGGGAAGCACUGACCCUCAAGUGUAUAAUGCUUUAGCCAAGAUUUACAUCGAUACAAAUAACAACCCUGAGCCAUUCUUGAAAGAGAACGAGUAUUACGAUCCACACGUUAUCGGAAAGUACUGCGAAAAGAGAGAUCCGUAUCUUGCCUACAUAUGUUAUGAAAAGGGUCAAUGUGAUUAUGAACUUUUAAAAGUAACUUCGGAUAACGCAAUGUUUAAGCAUCAAGCGCGGUAUCUUGUAAACAGACGAGACGAGUCCCUUUGGGCAUAUGCUCUUCAAGAAAGUAACGAUAAUCGUAAAGAGCUUAUUAACCAGAUUGUUUCAACCGCACUUCCAGAAUGUACAGAGCCUGAUGAUGUUUCUGAUACUGUCAAAGCCUUCAUGACAGCUAAUCUUCCUAAUGAGUUGAUUGAACUUUUGGAAAAGAUUAUGCUCGAGACAAGUCCCUUUAAUGACAAUAAAACACUGCAGAACCUACUCAUAUUUACUGCAGUUAAGGCUGACCCUUCAAGAGUUAUGGACUAUAUCUCUCGUUUGGAUAACUUUGAUGCGUCUGAGGUUGCUGAAGUGUGUAUUGGCGAGGAAAUGUACGAAGAGGCAUUCGCUAUAUACAAAAAGUAUAAAGUCAACGGCAAUGCAAUUUCUGUCCUUAUUGAGAAUAUUAAAGAUCUUGACCGUGCUUAUGAAUUCGCGGAAGCUUGCAAUGACCCCGAGGUUUGGAGCAAACUUGCAAAAGCACAACUAGAUAGCAUGCAAAUUAAGAAUGCAAUUGAUUCUUAUAUCCGUGCCAAUGAUACAUCAAACUAUAUCCAAGUAACACAAAGCGCAUCUCUUGACAACAAGUACGAAGAUCUUGUUCGCUAUCUUCAGGUAGCACGCGAGAACUCGCGUGAACCUUUUAUCGAAACUGAGCUUGUAUUUGCCUAUGCGAAGACAGAUAGACUGGAUGAUCUCAAAGAUUUCGUUGCCUCGCCAAACAUAGCUCAGAUUCAACAAGUGGGAGACAAAUGUUAUCAAGAACACAUGUUUGAGGCUGCCAAGGUUUUAUAUAGCAGUAUAUCCAAUCACGCCUGUCUUGCCCAAACACUUGUGCAGCUCAAAGACUAUCAGGGUGCGGUUGACUGCGCUCGCAAAGCCAACAGCACAAAAGUGUGGAAAGAACUCAGUGUCGAGUGCAUCUUACACCAUGAGUUCCGCCUUGCCCAAAUUUGUGGCUUACAUAUCAUUGUCAACGCAGAAGAACUGGAUGCUCUGGUCAAAAUAUAUGAAAAUAAUGGAUUUUUCGAAGAGUUAAUCCAGUUGCUUGAAACAGGUCUGGGUCUUGAGAGAGCCCAUAUGGGUAUGUUCACAGAUUUGGCUAUUUUGUAUUCGAAAUAUGCUCCUGAAAAGAUGAUGGAGCAUUUGAAACUCUUUGUUUCUCGAAUCAAUAUUCCCAAGGUUAUCCGAGCUUGUAUUGAUGCUCAUCUAUGGCGUGAGUUGAUAUUCUUGUAUGUAAAUUACGAUGAGUUUGAUAAUUCCGCCAAUGCUAUGAUGGAGCACGCUUCUCAGUCUUGGGAACACUCUGCUUUCAAAGAUAUUGUUGUAAAGGUGCCAAACGUUGAGACAUACUACAAAGCUCUUCGAUUUUAUCUAGACGAGCACCCUCUUCUGUUGAAUGAUCUCCUCGCUGUUAUGGUACCCCGUAUCAGACACAGUCGUGUCGUGCAGAUAUUUGAAAAGUCUGACAAUAUACCUUUGAUAAAACCUUACCUUGUGUCUGUCCAGGAAGUAAAUGACAAGAUUGUCAACAAGGCAUUGAAUGACUUGUUUAUUGAAGAAGAAGAUUAUGAAUCACUGCGAUACUCUCUUGAUAAUUAUGAUAAUUUCGAUGCUUUGGAUAUUGCCCAGAGUUUGGAGAAGCAUGAACUAUUGGAAUUCCGCCGAAUUUCUGCCCAUAUUUACAAGAAGAACAGACGUUGGAGACAAUCGAUUAACUUGUCCAAGCAAGACCGUCUGUUCAAGGAUGCUAUGACUACUGCUGCAGAAUCAAAAGAUAGAGAGGUAGCACUGGAUCUUAUCCAAUACUUUAUUGAUAUUGGAAAGCGUGAAUGCUUUGCUGCUAUGCUCUAUUCAUGUUAUGAUAUUCUUCGUCCUGAUAUUGUAUUGGAGCUGUCUUGGCGUCAUGGCUUGAACGAUUUUUCUAUGCCUUAUAUGAUCAACAACCUUAAAGAGCAAUUCGACAAGAUUGAACUGUUGGAGAAGGAAGUGUAUCAGCUCAAACAAGCGUCCAGCAAAAAGGAUGUGGAAGAUACCACUAUGCCAAACUCCUUUCAAAAUACUAGACUAUUAAUGUAA